CCGCUGUGAUCUUGAGGAGCUGCCUUGCAGAAAGCAGCCAAAGGCACUGGGAAGCAGCGUCCCCGCGUGGGACAAUUCCUGCUGACGAGUGGAGGAGGCCCGGAGCGAGAUGGAGGCCAGGAGUGCUCCCAUCCUGUGCAACGGCCGCCUCAUGUGUCCAACACUCAUGCACCUCCAGGACGAUGAGAUUGUGAAAGUUUGGGAUGCAGUAUCCCACUUCAUCCGCAGGCAGUUUGCGCUGAACAAGGGUGUCACAGUACCUGGGCUGGGCACCUUCUUUGCUGUUAAACAGGACCGGCCCAUGGCAGGCGUUAAACUCCUUGACGCAAAGAAGCCCGUCUUCCAGGUUUCGGAGCACUUUGCCAAUGUUCAUGGGCUCCCUUACAAGAAAGAAACUUUUCCUGGAAUACCUCCAUUUGUUUUCCUGAAUUAUGCCUGGUUGUCCUUGGACAUCGGCAUUCCUCGGGACACCGUGCAGCGCUGCAUUCAGGAGACCCUGCUCUUUCUCUCCUACACCCUUGCAAAGAAGCAGGCUGUGGAUUUCAUCUUCAAGGACAUCGGCCGUCUGGUCUUCCGCCAGAACAGAGUCCAAAUGCACUUUUCCUCCGACUUUGUUCACAACCUGAAUAGCAACGGCCAGCUGUUGAAAUGCCGCCUCACUAGUUUAAGCACAACGGAGUUGGCCACAUCGGAGAGAAAAAGCAUGGUCUCACAUCCAGCUUCUCGAGGUGUCAUCAUCUUUCCCAGGAUUGGGCUCUACAUACCUCGGGGAAGAGCUGCAGGGAAGGGUCUCUCCAAGCACCCAAGGGUUCUGCUUUGGAGAAGAAGGGAGACGCAAGUGUGGAGGGAGAGUCUACCAGAAGAGCAGAAGACGCAGAAGGAAAUGCAGGGGCUGCAGACAGAGAGCACAUCCUCCAUGGCACUUGUGGAAUGGAAAAAGUCUCUGCAGAUGGUGCCAGUGGACAUGAAACAGCAGCAUGUCCUAAUCCCUCACCCGCCGGAGAAGAAGGCUGAGGCAGCUCCUCUGAGCAAACCGAGUGCCAGCGUUGGUGAGAAAUCCCUGUGCUUCCAAUGCCAAAGAUGA